AGGGGGCGUGGUUUUAAAAGUACCUGCAGCAGGUAGCUUCUUUUCAGUUCAGUCACUGGCUCGCUGCUUCCUGCUGCAGGCUGAUGACAAGUCACCUGUGCAGGUGAGCGGAAUCAACCCGCCGCUGUCAGCCGGAAGAACCUCACCUGAAGCACCGGCAGAGUCUCUGAGGAGUUUUUGUCUUUACCCACCAAGUCGGACGUGUUUUUCUUCUUCGUGCUUCCUGAAACAGCCGGUGAGGGUCACCACGUGAUGCCAUGAUGCCAGGAUCCCCAGCAGACCCGCCGCCGUCCGAACGCCGUGGUGACAUCCUCUUCACGUCAGAGGGAAGUGAUGUCGUGCCUGCAGAGGAAGUGAGGGACAUGGGGCUGUUCCAGGAUCUGUCCUCCGCCUCGUGUCCUCUGGAACCGGAUGAGGAGGAAACGCAGCCAGUGGACGGCAGCUGCAGCCCGCUUGGAGAGCUGCAGGGAUGUGGACGGUUGGAGAGGAGGUGGGUCCUCUGGCACGAGUUUAUGAAAGAACACGCCCACCUGGACGCCUGGCUGCGAUUGGCUGAGCUGGCUGUCGGAACCCCCGACCCCACCCACGUCAGCUACGUCACUGCCAAGGACGAGCUGGGGAAGUUCGAGAGGCUGCGGCGUGAGGCCCGAUCUCGGCUCGUCCAGUUGGACAGUCUGACCCUCCAGAAUCGAGCGCUGACGCACCUGUUUCAGGGCGCCAUGCGGGCCCGGCUGCUGGCGUCAGCGAGGGAGUGCGGGCGGCGAUGGGAUGAUGUGAACGCCAAAGUGGAAUCGGUCGCUGCACGGCUGAAGCUCUUCGUCUCGGAGUGGGAGGGGUUUGAGGCGGAGAGGGAGGAGCUCGCUCUCUGGUUAACUGACCUGGAUGUCCGUCUGACUGAGGUGGAUCAGCUGACAGGAAACACCUGUGAAAAGCUGAGACGACUCCAGGCCUUCCAGCAGUGUGUGUGUGUGAACUCGGCCCGUAUGAACGCCCUGUUGCAGCGCGGCGAGUCGUUGAUCCAGCACAGCGAACCAGCGGACGCUCAGCAUGUGGAGAACCGCCUGCUGGAGCUGCUGCGCCACUGCAGCCUCGUCUACAGCAACAUCGCACGGACACACACUCGUCUGCUGAGCAUGAGACUGGUGUUUGAGGAUGACUGGAUUCUGUCUACAGACUCUGGUUGUUCCUCAGAGAGUGUUUUAGAGGAAGAGGGAGCGCUUGAUAAGGCCAACCCAGACCUCCCUGCAGCAUCCACCCGUCCUGAAGACCCCCCCUCACCCCGUCACCUCCCUCCUCCUCCCCCCUCUCCGUCCUCCCCUACCCAUGAGCACCUGGGGCUGGAGUGGGACCCAUCAGUUGAUAUUGGACGUUCUGUCUCCCGUGACGACGCCGACUCGUCGUACUUCAGUGCCAGCACAGGUCUGUGCCACAGAGACGGUGUGAAGAGGUGGAGCUACCUCAGCUCGCUCGACUCUCAGUCUGACAUCAGUGAAGACAGACAGGAAGCAGAAACGAGAUUGGACGGGUGGUUUGGCCACGCCCACCCCGAUGUCUUCUCACCGGUCAAGACCCAGGGGGGCGGGACUGGGCUGGACCAGUGGGUGACCUCGACUCCCAGCAGAUUGGACAGCGAACCAGCCAGCUUUGAUGGCGGACGAGUGAGGGCGUGGCUGGGAGUCCAGAGCCCCGCCCCUGCUCAGAGGACUUCCUGUUGCAAAGCUGUGCAGACUGAUGGAGAGCUGAAGUGUUACAUGGAAGGAAACCACACCAACACAGCCAACAGCCAACGUCACCAACCCGACGCUCCACCCUCGCCUUCGCCGUCACACGUCCUUACUGCUUCGUCUGAUUGGAUGAAGCACCGACAUCGAUCGGAUCUCCAGGCUGAAGAGGAAGAGUCCUGUUGUGAGGACGCUGAUCGUCUUCCCUCUGAACAAAGGCUCACCUCCAGCAGCGGGCCUCCUUCCUCCCCGCUCUCCCCGACCCUCCUCUACCUCCUCCUGGCUGCAGCGCUGGCUCUCCUGACCUGCCUGAUCUGGAUCUCCCUGGAGCCGCCGUGUCACCGCGGCAGCAGGAUGCCUCGUAACUUCCACCUAAUGCUGAGUUACGUCAACGGACCCCCACCUACAUGAUUCACGGGGAUCUUCCUGAGACAGUGUGUUUGCACUGUCCUCAGGCUCUGCAGAAUGGAGGUCAGUCUGACAGAAACCUGCAGAAGAAAGAGCAGGAAAAUGGAUUCAGCUCUGACUGUCAAACACGUUUCUGUUAUCUCCCAAGCAGCACUUCUGCUUUCUUUUCCUGACACGUUUCACUCUUAAUCUCCAUCAUGAGCUCCUUCACAGCCUGCAUGUUUUCAGGCGUAACUGAACAAACUACAGCUGUUCCUUUGAAUCCUAACCAAAAAAGGAAGCAUUUUCUAGUAAAUCCUGAAAUAUCUGCGAGGCACUGCAAAAAGGAAAAACAUCUCUCCUUAGUUAAGGUUAAACUGAUUUCCCUCACAGAACAGACCAGUUCUCUGAGUGGGUUAAACAUUUUCUGUGAACUUUCUAAAAGUGGGUAUCAGUAUGUCCAUGAAGAGGAAGGUCAUCAGCAUCCAGAACACAUUAAAACAGCUAAAAUAAUGUCAACACAUUGGCUGUUUUCAAUUUCAGAAACACGUUCUUCCCCAAACCUCUGCUGUUUGUGCACAACGAACGGACGCACGACAUUAACAAAUUGCAAACACUUAAAAAUAUUAAAGGUUCUGUUGUGACUUUCAUCAGACUGUGCUUAUUCACAUUUAAUUUUGCUUCAUCUCUUGCUUUGUGGCUCCUGAUUAGAAACUGAUGAAGUUUUCAGUUUAACUAAAGCUAAGCUAAAAGCUACAACACCUUAUUCUACCAAGGGACCAAACUAAAUCGGUUACUGAUUGUGUGAUGUUUGAUGCUUAGAAAUAAGCUCACAGUGUAAAUACCACACAGAUUUUAUAUCUUUCCCUCCUUCUAGGGACUAACAGUUGGCAUCAAAACAUGUCUUAGAACCUGCACCUUAAAAGAAUGUGCAACCAUAGCAGAAAGUUUGUGGUCUAAUGGGAAUAUGUGAUGAUAAAUCUUCAUGUUUGUCUGAGACUUUUGGUCAAUGAAAGUUUCCCAGCUGCCUUAUUUUCAUACAUUUUUGUAUAUAGCUGCUGUAAUUAGCUGAAAGUUGUAAAUCUGACUUCACUGGUUGCAAUGUUAAAGUAGUAAAGCAGGUAAACAGUAGUUAAGAUCAGAGAAAUGUAGUUGUCAGAUAUAAAACUGUGUGCCUAACGGCGGUUAAUGCUGUCAGAGAGCGACGACUCUGCACAUGUUGCACAAAAUGAAGCGAUGUGCAAAUUUAGUUUAAAAUGGUCAAAAGAAGCUAAAAUCAUCAACAGAACAUGUAAGAGUUUUGACUUGUUUGUGAAGCAGUGACAUAGUGAGCAUGCUAACCAGCUAGCCGUGACCCAUCCUGUCUUUCAAUACCACAUUGUACAUGUAGAGGUGAAUUUGUCCUUCCAACAGUCACCUACCUCAUUUCAUCUGAAUAAACCUUUAAUUCACAGUCAGGUGGGGAAAGAUUCUGUUGAUGUCGGACCUUCCUCUUGCUCCUGAAACCCCCCACCUGUUUAGUCAGGCUAGCUGCACGGCAUACUGAGCUAACUAGCUAACAGUCGCUACAGCCACAGCUGGUGAUGUACUGCCACCUGUUUGUUGGUUUGUUUGUUUUAGGUAAUUAUAGGAGUUUUUACACAACAUCAGUGUGGUUGAAACAUCAGAAAGUGUUGUACCUGAAGUCUGACUUGUAGGUUAGUUUAUUUCUGUUGUUCCAGAUGAAAAGACUGCGUUAGUGCUGAUCAGAAGUGAGGUCACAUUCAUUAAAGUUUUGUGACUCAAAUUAUUGUGAAAAAAAAAAAAUCUAAAAACUUCUGGUAACUGCUUACAGCUUUAAACUGCCAUCUGUGCUAAUGUAGCUAAAGCUAAAAGAUGCAACCAAGCAGCUAACUUUAUGCUUUUCCUUAAAUGAAUGUAUAUUUUACCAUUCAUGUCUAAAUAUUUUCUACUGAAUAUUAAUUGUUAUAGCACUUGUGUUUAUAGUCGAUAUGUUUGGUAACAAGUCGAAGGUUAAAGGUCAUAUCUUUUCUUAUGUUUUGGCCCCUUAAACAGGUCACAUACCUGUACGUACUGCUGGCCUUUUCUAAGCGUUCAUGGGUUUGGGUUUUCCUUGUGUUCCAGGCAGCCACUGGAUUCAGUUCAUUUCUAUGAAAAUAAGCUUGCAGAGACUUGGAAAAUCAAGAUCCCGUCUCUAUUUAUUCCAGUCAAAGUGGUGCAGUUGGUGUGUGGUGAUGCAUUUGAAAGGCUUUUCCCAAGAACGUCUUCAUUUCACUUUGACCAAAGUAAAGGCAUGAUGGAUUUUUUGUUUGCAGCCAGUUUCAGGUCUCUGCAAGUAGAUAUUCAAAGACACUGAAGCACUUGUGUUUUCACGCAGUGUUUGCACAGGUGAGCGUGUUCGCACAUGUGCAGUCUGAACACAGAAACAGGCAGACAAGUGAACUGAUGUCUCUUGAGGACACAAAGUAUGAUUUGAGCUUUAAAUUGAUGUCUUUUCAGUGAGGAAUAUGAAGGGACUAAAAGGAAAAAGAAAGUGUGAUUAUCUUCGGUCCUUUCUUCUUCUUCCACUGUCCUCCACCCAUGUCAGUUAAUGUCCUUUUGCAGCUUACACAAGGUGACCAAGAGUCUCAGUUCACCAACAUUAUGUCACAGCCAAUGAAUUUAGCUUUUGUGUAUACGAUCAGUCCAUCCUCACGGACUGCGGAUUGGCCUGCUGGUCUUUCCGUCUUCUGAUCACUGGAAGGUGUGACUCUCUCAGGGGAAGAUGUCAGUCCAGGUUCCCCCUUCAUUUCAGCAGGAUUACACUGUUGUUAAUCUGCAUACUGCAUGAUGAUGGGGAUGAUGAAGAUGUACGAUGAUGUAAGAUGACGGAAUAACUGAAAGGGGAACUUGGUCAGUCAGCUGCCAUGUGAAACAUUUCACUUUUUGUAAUAUUUCGACGAGAAAUUUUGCGUUCCAUUAAAUGUUUAUACUUUUGUACACGUUUGAAGAUAAAUAAAGUGUGGAAAUGAGAUUCAACACUGAAAA